CACUCCUCCUCCACUGCUGGUUUUCCCCGAAACUUCUCAAGUUUCCUACAAGGAAACAUCUGAUCCUGGAGGUUCGGUCUGUGGAGAGUAAAAACCAUCCGAGGCUGAAACAGACGGCUUCAGAUCGCGCUCGAUGGCAGGAAGGACGGCGAGUAGGAAGAGCUGCCAGCUCCUCUUCAUCCUCUGCCUCCUGAACAUCGGCUCUGGGUUUGAGGUGAGAGAAGACGAGUGGGAGGAGCUGAGGCCAGAUGUUGCUGCUCUGCAUCGCCUCACCGGACUGUCUGAGCACCUGAUGCACCAGCAGCUCAGCUCAACAAGAGUCCGAAGAUCAGUUUCAAGGUUGGACAUUGAUCAAAACAUCUUGAGUUUGUGGGAUGGACUUCAGGAAUGUGAAAACAUGGCGGCUUGUGUCAUGGCAAAGAAACAGGAUCUUGGAGCCCUGGUAGAACAUGUUGAAAAGCAGAAGACAGAUGAUUGGCUGCUGAGAGCUUCAGAGAUUUCACACAGUUACGGACAGAAGCUUCUGAUCAUAACUGACCAAGAACCUUCAACAAGCGAAAGAGCGAGACAGGAAUAAGCCAAGGAUCCUCACUAUUCAGUAAUAGUUCAUGUGGAAAGCCUGAGCAAUGAAUCCUGUGUCCCAAAAGUUGACAGAAAUACUGUUGUCAGAAUAUUUGGACAUGUUUCAGAAGAUGGACAAACUGUUUCUGGUCUGUGUGGCUCAUCACUGGCAAAUCUGGUCCUGAAGCCUGGACUGGAAGCAGCAGCAGUUUUCUCUCUGGAUGGAAACACAACCACAGAGUUCCAACACAGCUUUGUUCGAGUUUUAAUGGUCCGUGGCUCCAAAGCAGCUUUAGAAACUGUUCAAGACAAUCACCAGAUAUACAAGAUAAUGGAGCAAUCUGACUCUGUUUCCACAUACAAAAUCCCAGAAAGACCAGUUGAUCACAGCACCCAGUAUGACCACCAGCAGAUCGUCUUGCUACAAGACAACACGGUGGUGAGAACAGCUGCUGAGUCUCUUUAUGAGAAGCAUGCAACAGUUAGUUCACUUUAUGUCCUUGACAACAACCUAAAACCAAGACUGAUUCAUGGUGAACCUGUGCCUUUGUCAGAAAACAGCAGGCUGGUUCUGGUUGGUCAUGGAGCCAGAGACCAAUCUGGAGAGAUGAAACUGGCAGGAUUCAAAUCCCCAGAAGUGGCCAAAAUCAUCCAAAACACUCACAGGGUGAGUGACCAAAUAAAAACAACCAGUGUUGUGGCCUGUGAUGUUGGAUCUGAUGAGUCUUUUGUAGAAACUCUGGCCAAAGAGCUUCAUCAGGCCGGGAUUGAGACGGAGCUACACCUGAGGAACUCUUUGGUCCAGGUUAAACAUACAGGAGAGAAAAUCACUCAAGAAUUUACUGUAGAUGGAGAACAAUGGAGGCAAAACGAUGACAGCAAAAAAGUGGUGGCAACUAUUGACAAAAAUGGAGAUGUAAUCAUUAGAAGUGAAGCUGGCAGUAAAGGGGAAGCAAUUUUCACCAAUGAAAGAAACUUUCUGGGACCAGACCAAAACAACCGAUACAACUGGCCAGAAGAACCAAGGAGGUUUAUUGACCAAGACGUUUAUACCAAAGUUGAUCAGAAUAACCCUGAUAAAGUAAAAUCUGCCUGUGAUGAGCUUGAAGCUAUGUCUUGGGGUUUGUUUCACCCAGAGCAUGACAAGCCAGCAAAAGUCAACAUUAACAACUAUGAACAUGCAGAAGAACAGUAUGUAAUAAUGACAAAAGCUGGAAAUAACAUGGUGCAGAUCAAUGAACAACAAAAAAUAAAAGAAAUUCUUCGCAACUGUUAUGAGAUUAAAUCUGGAAAGGAUGCUGUCAGUUUGAUCCGUCACUAUGCAAAGACUGGAGAAACUAGUUCAACAUACUUGAAGAUCAGCGACUGGAUAUUUAAAGUUGAUCCAAGAACUCUGUACAUGAUUCCAGUUGGAAAAAAGCUUGUGAGCACAAACGACAGGGAAGAACAAACAAAAACAAAGGAGUGGAUUACAGAACAGAAUGGAGAAAACAAAGAAAAGUACUCGAACAUACGGGGGAAUAUUCAAAAUAAGCAAGAGUAUGCUAAUUAUGUGAGAGAUAUUUUUAAAGGUGAUCGAAUCUCACAGAAUCUCUCCCCUGACAGGGAGCUCUUCUAUGCCUGGUACUUCGCUGCCUCAGUCGUAGCCGAAUCUGCUAGGAACUUGCGGACAUUUCCUUUAACCCUUAUGGCUCUCGAUUUGAUUCACAGUAGACCCAAUGAUGAAUACAGGUUAAAGUUUCUAUUUGAAUACCAUCCAAUGGCAAGAGGAGAUAGUUGGACUGACUCGUGGAGUCGAGGAUUUAGUGGAACAGCAGCAGUACCAACCAGACUCAACCAAAAUAUCCAAAAUAUGCGUGAGCGUAAAUCAAUCAAGCUUCUCGAAGUCAUACGUUUAGAACUCAGUUUAUUCACCAAGUGGACACAAACAGUUGGUAACAAUUUACUGAAUCAGUUGUCUACUUUGGCUGUGGAGUACAAGAUUAUUAAAGAGGAUUCACAGUUAAAAAAUAAUUACCAAAAAUUCAAAGACACCCUGCAACCUCAGAGCUCUUUAAUACCACCUACAGAUGGGGGAGAACCUCGAGCAUCUGGACCACUGAGUGGUCAUGAUGAUGGUUACGUAACACAAAGAGACGUAAUUUCAGCCUCAGAGUUAGAGAACUCCUUUAUACAUGAAGCAUAUUUCUCCAGAGGAACAACAUUACUGGCUGAGGAGAUCCAUACUCAGCUUACAAAACAGUUUGGAGAAAAUCUGGCAGGAAUGCAUGUUAGAAAGGGAAGUAACAGAAUUGAAAAUGGACAGUUUAUAUGUCAGCUUGAGUCCCAGCUUGCAGAUGUCGAGCCUGUCGAGUUUAGAGCUGAGUUGUCAGCAAAAACUCAAGAGUUCCAUAAAGAACUUCAGGAAAACAUGGAUAGAUCGGUUCAGGAAAUGGAAGAGCACAGUUUAACGUCCAGCCAUCAGGGCAGUAAGUUUGCGGAGCGUGUAGGAUCUGCUGUUGGGGUCCUGGGUCUCCUGCUGGGGAUGAAAGGAUCUAUUCGUGCUUUUGAACAAGGUCAUGUCAAAGAUGGCGUCGCUGGGGCUCUGCAAACAGCUCAUGGGACGGCAGCUAUAGCUUCAUCUGCUAUAGCAAGAACAGCUCUGUCCUCAGAGGGUCGAGCUGCCAAAGCUGCAGUAACGAUAAUGAGAAGUCCUGUAAUGAAAGGAAUGAUGACAGCCAUUCCGAUAAUAGGAAUUGGAUUUGGGGUUUACAAUAUUGAAGAAGAUUUUAAGAGGAAUGAUGCAUUAGGAUACAUUGACGGUUAUAUUGAUAUCGAAAUGGUUGCUUUAGAUGUUGUUGAACUUGCUCAGCCUGAACUUGCACCUUUUAUUGCUCCGGUCAAUGUGGCUCUUUCAGUCGUCCGAAUGGUAGUUGAUGAUAUUUACAUGGGCAUAAAAAAUGAACUUGACAGCCUCCCAAAGGACGCUGCACUCCUGAGUAAAAUAGGGGCUGUAUUUGUUGGAUUUGGAAAAGGUGUUUUUCAUUUUAUAAUUCAUGUGGCCAGUUUAUUUUAUGAUUGGCGUUAUGAUGAAAUUGAGGAGGGACGUAGGCUUGUUGCUCAGAUUUCAGAUUACCGUAAAUAUUACGUUGUUACAAAGGAAACAGAUGGAGUGACUGCCAUUGAUUUUAGCGGGGGAGCAUCCUCCUGGAACGGAGGAGGCAUCGACUUCUGCCUUGCUGACAGUGGUCAGUCGAAGCUCUGCAUGGACUAUUUUGUUUCCAGUGAUGAGAGUUUUGGGAGGGGAUGCUGGAACAUUAAUGCACAGGGAAGUACAGAUAUAAUUCUUGGGACUGGAGAAUCACAUGAAUUAGAGCACACAACACUACAGAAAAAACUUUUCAUUUUCAUACCAGCCGGCUCUGUGACUGUGGUCUCUGGUUACAAAGAUGCUUCAUAUUCACGAUAUGGGACAUACAGGGGAAACAGGGCUUCUAAUCGUUUCUUUGCUGUCCAGAAUGCAGGUGACACACAUAUGAUUGAAGUGAUGCUGAGUUAUUAUUACAGACUUUACGGUGAACCAGGUGAUGAUAAAUUUUUCCUUGGUCCUCAGAAAACUUAUGUUGAAGGUUCUGGUGGGAAAGACACAUACCUGAUUCCAGAAAAUGGAGGAAAAACCAUCAUCAACAACUUCGACCCCUCCAAAGCAAUGGACACUCUUCAUUUCAGCGUUGACUACAGAGACAUUUCUGUGUACAAGUCUGGAUGCGAUGUCGUGCUGAUGUAUCAAAGCACUCACAGUGUGACCAUAAUGAACUGGUUCUUAGGGGAACUGUACCGCCACAUGAUCAUGAUGUCAGGAGACGGAGUUUUGUUUGAGAUCUCCUCCACUGUGGUCACUUCGGUUCAGCUGAUGGCCACAGGAAUCAACAAGAUGUUUCAGAAACUCGGUGAAACUAUAAAUGCUGCAGAUCCACUGCUACGUGCAGUUAUAGACAUCGUAGGAACUCAGUUUGAUGACAUUAUUCUUGGAAAUGAUCAGAACAACCUGAUAGAUGGAGGAGGCGGCACAGAUAGACUGAGUGGUGGUGAAGGUGAAGACAUUUACAACAUCAAAGGUAGCAGCCAAUCAGUGUUGAUUGAAAAUUUCUCCAGAGACAGAAAAACAGACCUGGCCAUUAUAGAUGCAAAUCUUCAAAGUUUUAAUCUCUGGGUGGAAGGAGAUCAUGUUAAACUGAAAGCCGUCCAUGACAACACACCCAUCUACGUGACCCUGGUGAACUGGUUCAGGUCACAGGAAGACCGACACCUGGUCAUCGUCACAAAGGAUCUGCUCACCUUCACAAUCUCAGACAACAUAACUGACUGUCUGCUGAGCAACAAGUUCCUGAAAUGCAUUAAACUUCAAAGAAUUGACUACAGCAGCUCCUCAUCUCCUCUGGUGGUGGAUCUUCUGGCUGAUGCAGCUUUAAACAGCCUGACUGAGGUUCGUGGAUCAAAGUUUAACGAUGUCAUCAAAGGAAACGAUGAACACAAUGUUUUUAUUCCUGGAGAUGGAGAUGAUUUUAUGCAGGGAAGAGGAGAAGAUUGGUACAUUAUCUCACCUGGUGGAGGAGAAAAAAUGAUCAACAACCAAUCACCAGAUCAGGUCUUAGACAAGCUCUUCCUGAAAGAACGAUAUGAGAGUUUAACAGCUAUCUGUGAACUAGGGAACAUCAUCAUCUUGGUCAACAGAACAAGAACUGUUGAAUUACAGAAUUGGUUCCUUUCAAAGGACUAUCAGCACCUGGAGAUCAGGACCAGUGAUGGAGUAACAGCUGGACUGAAGACCAACACCAGCAGCUGCAAUGAAGCUUUAAUACAACCAUUCAUCAUUGACUACAGAAGCUCAUUACAUCAAACUGAUCCAAUCUGUCACCUAUUCUUUUUAAAACAAUCACUAAGACUCUUUUGUGGCCUAAAAGGGAAGAAGAUUAUGAUGAAAGAAACUGGUUCAGUGAAGGAAAUGUUCGGUUCCUCAGGCUUUGACAUCAUGGUUGGGAACAAAAACGACAAUUUGCUUGAUCCAUACACCGGAGGGGCAGUGAUGUCUGGAGGUGAAGGACAAGACACCUACAUAAUCAAACAUGGAUAUGGAGAUAACUUGUUGAUUGACAACUUUGCAGAGGAUCAGAAAACUGAUACAGUUCUGGUGGACAUGGACUUUAUUGAUGGAGGUCAAGUUGUGUUGGAUUCAUCAACAGAAGAUCUGCGAGUAACAAUCAAGACAGAAGGUGAAGAGUUAAAGUUUAGUCUGAUCGACUACGGUCUUGGUGACCAGCAUCAGCACCUUGACUUUCUGAGCUCAGACGGAGUUCGUUUCAAACUGAAAUCAAUGAACUCCUCUGGAGAUGCGCCUCAGCUUCAGGUUGAAGCUUUCAAAGUGACUCUGAAACAAUCUGAAGUGGACUGCCGUUUGGACCUCAGCAUCCAGAGAAAUCUGUCAAAGGUCCAGACUGCACAAGGUUGUCCUUCACAGUCCAACUACAUGAUAGGCAACAAUCAAGACAACGUUCUGAUUGGUGGGUGGAAGGAUGACGCCUUGGAUGGAGGAGAAGGAGAUGACGCUCUGAUUGGAGGACAUGGAGCAGACAUCCUGGUUGGUGGAAUGGGAGACGACACUCUUUAUGGUGAAGAUGGAAAUGACACGAUGCUGGGCGGCUCCGGCUGGGACGUCUUCAUUCCUGGACCAGGACCUGAUCUGGUGGACGGGGGUUCUGGCAGAGACACUGUUCUGUACCGCGGUGACCAUGAAAAGGGCUCAGGGGUUUACGUUAACCUGCUGAGCGGCCAAGGUCACUAUGCUGAUGCUGAAGGAGACGUGUUGAAGGACGUGGAAGCCGUGAUCGGAACCAUCUACUCCGACAUCUUGGUGUCUGGUUAUGAGAGUUCCCUCCUCAAAGGUUCAAGCGGUAAUGACAUCUUAGUGUCCACCGGUGGAGAUUACCUGGUUGGAGGAGAUGGGAAUGACAUCUACAUGCUGGCCUUCGACCACGGCUCCGUCACCAUCGACAACUGCGCUAAAGACAAUGCCACCGAUGUUCUGUACUUCAGCUCACAUUCAUUGCCAUCAUUUGAUCACCAGUUUCUGCCAGACAGAAUCGUUUUCACUUUCUUUGGACCUAAUCAAACUGCUGUGAAAGUUGGACUGAAAGGCUGGAGAGACGAUGACAGUGAAUGUGGCCAUUUGAAGCUGGUUUUCAGAGAAUUGGAGAUCUCAGUGGACCGUAUUCUAGCUUUCUACCACACAACUUAGGCCAAAAGAAACAUGCAUUAGGCUGAAGCAAAAUCCAUUUAGGGAUCUUUUUGAAACAUUAUGCAGUUAGCCGUAGAAAAGUAGGUUACAUUUUAUUUGAAACAUUAUGUUCAUUCAUUUGUACUUUUGAUAUUAUGCAUUAAUAAUCGAUAUUUGAAUGGCAGGAUUUGUUUGGAUUUGUUUUCUCCACCUUUGUCUUCAGUGUCACUGAUAAGAUUUGAGUUCAUUUUGAUUUGUUGCUUCAACAGUAAAUGUCUACUAAGAAGAUGCCUUAGAAAUCCUUCUGAAAACCAAUAUGUAAUCUUUAAAGACUUUAAUCAGUUACAAUAACAUUUAAUUUCCCUCUGGAAUCAAUAAUGUAUUUCUGAAUUUGAGUAUUUGCUACUUGCAACACAUUUCUAUUAGGACAGUUGUUGAAACAAAGUUCAGGACCAACUUUUCCAAACUUGCAUGUGGGAUUAUUUCUUUGUUCAGAAUUUAACUGUCAUAUUUCAACUUCUGACAAACAUGAUUAUUUCAUAUCUAAAAUACUAAUGUACUUCCAAAUCAACACAUUUAAGUUAAUUGUAUUAUAACCAGCAGUAAUUGUAUGCAGGAAUGCAAUAGUUCAAUAAAAUUAUUG